AUGUCUCUCACAAACUGCCGUUUCUACGAAGAAAAGUACCCCGAGAUCGAUAGCUUCGUCAUGGUGAAUGUCAAGCAGAUCGCAGAGAUGGGUGCCUAUGUUAAGCUCCUCGAAUACGACAACAUCGAUGGCAUGAUUCUCCUCUCCGAAUUAUCUAGACGUCGUAUUAGAAGUAUUCAAAAACUUAUUCGUGUUGGACGUAAUGAGGUUGUCGUUGUUCUCAGAGUCGAUAAGGAGAAGGGUUAUAUUGAUCUUUCCAAACGAAGAGUGUCACCUGAAGAUAUUGUCAGAUGCGAGGAACGAUACAACAAGGGUAAAAUGGUUCAUUCGAUUAUGCGCCACGUUGCGGAAAAGACAAAGCAUCCUAUCGAAGAGUUGUACGAGAAAAUUGUUUGGCCAUUGAACAAGAAAUACGGACAUGCUGUUGAUGCUUUCAAGCUUUCGAUAACAAACGCCGAGACUUGGAAUGAUGUCGAAUUCCCUAACGAUGUUGUCGCCGAGGAAUUAAAAUUAUAUAUUGGAAAACGUCUUACACCACAACCAACAAAAGUCCGUGCCGAUGUCGAAGUUACCUGCUUUGGAUAUGAGGGAAUUGAUGCUGUUAAGACCGCUCUAAGAACUGCUGAAGCCAGAAACACCGCUGAUAACCAAGUUAAAGUCAAGCUCGUAUCCCCACCACUCUACGUUCUUACCAGUACAUGUCUGGAAAAAUCUGUCGGUAUCUCGACUUUGGAAGCCGCAAUCGUGGAUAUCAGAAAGAACAUUGAAGCUGCAGGAGGUGGAUUGAUCGUCAAGAUGGAACCUAAGGCAGUCACCGAGAACGAUGAUGCUGAAUUGCAAGCACUCAUGGAGAAGAGGGAACGUGAAAAUGCCGAAGUUAGUGGAGAUGAGAGUAUGAGUGAGAGUGACGAAAACCAGGUUGAGGUUAUGUAA